GUUUAUGCUUCUGUUUUUCAUUUCUUCUCCGUCAAAUUAAAACUCAUUUUGACAACGUUGAUGUUUCUCUGAAGAGACAGAUUGAGAAGAAACCUUAGAACAAGUACGGUCUUUUUUUUUGCUUAAAUGGGUCGCGAAUCUCUGGCUGUUGUGUCCUCGCCGCCAUCGGCGACUGCGCCGAGUACUGCUACUGCGGCUACCUCGCUUGCUCCUGGCUUCAGAUUUCAUCCGACUGAUGAGGAACUCGUGAGCUAUUACUUGAAGAGGAAGGUUCUGGGCAAACCUGUACGCUUCGAUGCGAUUGGAGAGGUCGAUAUCUACAAGCAUGAGCCCUGGGAUUUAGCAGUAUUUUCGAAGUUGAAAACUCGGGACCAAGAAUGCGGGCGUGCUCCGGACGGGCUUCGGACUAAUUGGGUCAUGCACGAGUAUCGCCUUGUUGAAUAUGAAACUGAAACUAACGGAAGCCUGCUGCAGGAUGCAUAUGUGUUGUGCAGAGUGUUUCACAAGAAUAACAUUGGGCCACCGAGUGGGAACAGAUAUGCGCCAUUCAUGGAAGAAGAAUGGGCUGAUGGUGGAGGAGCUCUGAUUCCAGGAAUAGACGUUAGGGUCAGGGUAGAGGCUCUACCACAAGCCAAUGGAAACAACCAGAUGGACCAGGAAAUCCAUUCAACAAGCAAGGAUCUCAUUAACAUCAACGAGCUACCGAGAGAUGCUACUCCAAUGGACAUCGAAUCUAACCAACAGAAUCAUCAUGAGAGCGCCUUCAAGCCUCAGGAGAAUAACAACCAUAGUGGUUAUGAAGAAGAUGAGGAAACACUCAAACGCGAGCACGCAGAAGAAGAUGAGCGUCCUCCUCCACUAAGCAUGCUCAACAAAGAAGCUCCACUACCUCUCCUCCAAUACAAACGUAGACGCCAAAACGAGUCCAACAACAACUCAAGCAGGAGCACACAGGACCAUUGUUCGUCCACAAUAACAACCGUCGACAAUACAACCACCUUAACCUCAUCAUCAUCUGCUGCUGCUGCCACCAACACUGCCAUCUCUGCAUUGCUUGAGUUCUCACUUAUGGGCAUCUCCGAAAAGAAAGAAAACCAGCAACAACCGCUUAGUCCUCACAAGGAAGCUUCUCCUCCUAGUCCAAUUGCAUCUCCUGAAGAGAAGGUUAAUGAUCUCCACAAAGAGAUUCACCAGAUGUCUGUUGAAAGAGAAACUUUCAAGCUUGAGAUGAUGAGUGCAGAGGCUAUGAUCAGCAUUCUCCAGUCAAGGAUCGAUGCGCUGCGUCAGGAGAACGAGGAACUUAAGAAGAAGAACGCCAGUGGACAAGCUAGUUAAACCACACCACCAUCUCUCCAGGUUUCUUCUUCUUCUUCUUUGCCUUUUAGCUGUAAUCUUCCUAAUAGUAUGAGCUAUGGAUGUAGCUUGUUCAGACGGAUCAGAAACCGUAUGAAUCUCUGUUGUAAAAUUAGGAUAAAACGGAACGGAGCCACCCAGCAGGGUCUUUAUUUAUCCUUUUUCAUUUCAUGUUUCUGCAUCUUUUGGGAACAUUUUCAGGCUGAUCCAUUGUCAUAUAUUAUCAUCUAUCUAUCUAGUCUUUUCAGACAGGAACUCUCUUUUAUUUGGUCUCAAGAAAUGUUCAGAAAGAAA